AUGGCUCAUCCACCUCGCUAUAUUGGGUUUGCCAGUGUAAUUAUCUUGCUUUGUGCAAUAUUAUUAGCAGCAAAGGCUCAGACGGCCUUGAACUGUGCGACUGUGUUUCACGAGUUCAGCUUUUGCAAGUCGUUUGCCCCGGGAUUGUCUUCUGAACCGUUGAAGCAGUGCUGUGACUCCGUCAAGACUUUGAACACGAUUGCCAGACAUGAUGAAGGUGGUCCACAAAUGAUCUGCGAAUGCAUCGAGAACUUGUCUUAUUGGAGCAACGUCUCUUUCGACACCUCCCGCAUCCAAGAUCUUCCAACCAAAUGCCAACUCCACUUGAGUUUUCUCAUUUCUAAUAGCAUGGAUUGCUUCAGGAUUCACUGA